CCGGCGGCGACGGCACCCGACGUGGACUCGCUGGGCUUCCAAGCCAUGGACCGCAACGUGCCGGGGCUGUCCCAUGUCAUCCUCCAGAAGCUCAACAUGAAGAGCUACGAGGACUACAAGUCUGCUAUGGAUGGGAGGAAAAGCGGCAACGAUUUUGGCAUCCGGACUUACUUCGAGAUGUUCCAGAAGAUGGAGGACACCUUCAAGUUCUGUGCUGAGUGCAAGAAGCUCCCGGGUGCUCUCCCAGACCCCAAAAGCCUCCGGCGAUGCAAGAGGUGCCAAAACGUGUACUACUGCGGUGUGGCAUGCCAGCGUGCCAACUGGCCGCUGCACAAGAAGUUCUGCAAGAAGCUGAAGCUGGUGGCCCUGGAUCGGCUGGUGGAGUGGCUUGUCUUCACAGGAGACAUCCCCUUUCCCACAGAGACCUGGACAAAACCUGCCUGGGACGUGGAGGGCUGGGAGGACUGGUUCUCCAUGCAGGAGCAGCUGGAGGAGAAGCUGGGCGCCAUCCUGGCCGGGCGGUACAUGACCCUACUGUGGGCCAACGCUGGGAAGCCACGGCCAGAGGACAGGGAGCUGCGUGACUCCAUUCGGCGCCUGGUCACUGACUUCCACUCACGGCCACUCACCAUCGGCUUGGGGCUGCGGCUCUUCAGCAUUGAGCCCCUCGCCAAGGCCCUCACCGUGCAUGUGGUGGGAGCGUCCCAUGUGGAGACCCUCAAUGCCCGGCUGACGGACUACGACGAGCUGAUGCGGAUGUUCCCGGGGCACCGUGGCAUGGAGGUGGGAAGCGUCUAUCUCAGCAGCUACAAGGGGCUCUACCAUGACUUCUGGGAAAGCCAUGUGGAGACCAAGCUAGCCGCCCGCCCCAACCUGGUGGUGGGCUUUCAUCCAGGUUUCCACGCUUGCCCAGACCUGCUGGCGGGCUGGCUGCCCACCCUUUUCCUGUUGCGGGCCUACCGCCUGCCUGUCCUCUUCACCGUGUACAGCGAGCAGGAGCUGAAGUCCUCCCUGCAGCUCCUGGUGGAGCUCGAGAUGCACGUCGUGGGCUAUGCCACCAACCCCUUUGCCUCGCUGCGGCCUGAGCAGGUCUACUCCAGCCCCAACAAGGCGCCUGUCUACUGCAGCUCCUACUACAUUGCCCUGCUGGGGCCGGUGGCAUCAGCUGUGCCAGGUGCUGAAGACCUGGAGGAUGGUGAUGGCUGGUGGGGAGAGGAGCCCAGUGCUGCUGGUGCGGCUAGGGGCAUCACCCCAGGGCUGGCCUGA